AUGUGGUCGUUCAAGCAGCGCCGCGACAUACGGCGGCUAGUCCAUGCGGAAGUUCGAGGCAAAACGCAUGAACCCAGCAACUGUGUCAACGAGCACGGCCUUGAGCCGUCGUCGCGAUGCGAUACCGACAACCUCGCCGCCAGUGGCUCAACCCUUUCGCCUGCCGAGAGCGACCAAAUCAUCGUCACCUCCGGAACACGAGACCCUCUAAACCCGCAAAAUUGGCCGCUGUGGUCGCGGUCCAAGAACCUGAUCAUCCUGUCGCUCCUGAUAUUCGUCCAGGGCUGGGCGGGCGCAUCCGAGUCAGUACAGAGCUCCAGGGCCACCGAGCAGUUUCAUGUCAGCAAGACUGUUGAGAGCUUGUCCACCGCCAUGUACCUCUUUGGCGUUGGGAUGGGGGCUCCUUUCGCGGGUCCGAUAUCAGAGACUGUCGGCCGAAACCCAACGUAUCUCGUCUCAACAUUCUGCUACCUCUUCUUUGUGCUAGGAUCGGCCUUGUCCACCACAUUCGCCGGACGCAUCACUUGCCGGUACUUUGUCGGACUUUUCUCAAGCGCAACGCUCUCGACAAAUGGUUCUGCAGUCAGAGACCAGUUUCGUCCUGUCAAAAGGGCCUUGGUCUUUCCACUCAUAGCGUGGGUGAACGUGACCGGUCCGGUUCUUGCGCCUGUAGCAAGCGGUUGGCUAGUGUCUAGCAAUACUCUGAGCUGGCGCUGGCCAGAUUGGGUAACCCUGAUCAUAUCAUCGGCGGCGUUCUUGGUAGCGUUGGCACUGCUUCCCGAAACAUACCUGCCGCUUUUGCUGGAUUGGAAAGCAAAAGCCUUGCGACGCGCCACAGGCGACAUGCGCUACGUCUCUGAGCAUUCAAAGGCCCCGUCUUUCCGUGGUCGCUUGUGGCAAAACCUGAAGCUCGGCGCCUCAUUCUGGAGAACUGAAACCAUCAUCAUUGCCCUGGGGCUUUACCUCUUGCUGCUCUAUACGCUUCUCUUCAGUUUCCUCUCUGGCUUUCGGUUCAUUUUCAAGGACACGUACCAGUUGUCUGAGGGCCUUACAGGAUCCUGCUUUGCUUCCAUCGCGGUGGGCGCAACAGCAUUCUCGCUGCUAGCUCCGUACUUUUACAACCUAGCUCGCGACAGGACCGAGCACGUUCGCGGUGCAUCAGUGCUUCCCGAGUUCCGACUAUGGCCGGCAAUCGUCACUGCUCCGCUCCUUCCAAUCUGCCUAUUUUGGCUCGGCUGGACAAAUUUCCCAAGCAUAUCGAUCUGGUCAGGCCUGGCCGCCUGUUUCGUCUAUGGGAUAGUCAUUACGGCCGUCUAUGUGUCGUCUUACGAGUACAUAAGCGACAGUUACGGCGAUCAUUCAGCGAUAGCUCUUGCCAGCAUCACCUCGGCGCGUUACAUUGCCGCUGGAGGAAUGGUCAUUGCUUCAACGCCAAUGUAUCAGAACCUUGGAGUACAUUGGACUUUGACGUUGCUCGGCAGCCUUGCGGCGCUGCUCGCACCGGCUCCGUUGCUGCUGUGGAUAUACGGCGAGAGGUUGCGCGCGGCCAGUCCUCAUACUGACGCAGAGCUUCGAGGAAGUAAGCCAAAGGGCUGA